UCUUCCUUCCAGCCCUCCUCUCUCCUCCUUGCGGGGUGAGGCUGGGGGAGGAGGAGGUACCGGGUCCGGACACUGCAACCACGAGAGUCCGGGGACCGAGGCCUGAGAGCAGGCCUUCAGACGGGGAGAGGCGGCUCAGGGACCGGGCAGCAAGAUGAUGCGAUUUAUGCUGCUGUUCAGCCGGCAGGGGAAGCUGCGCCUGCAGAAAUGGUACGUCGCCACUUCAGAGCGGGAGAAGAAGAAGCUUGUGCGAGAUUUAAUGCAAACGGUGCUCAGCCGCAAACCUAAAAUGUGCAGCUUCCUGGAGUGGAAGGACUUGAAGGUCGUCUAUAAAAGAUACGCCAGCCUGUAUUUCUGUUGUGCGGUUGAAGAUCAGGAUAAUGAGCUGCUGACCCUGGAGCUAAUCCACCGAUACGUGGAACUGCUGGACAAAUAUUUUGGCAGCGUGUGCGAGUUGGACAUCAUCUUUAACUUCGAGAAGGCCUACUUUAUCCUGGACGAGUUCCUGAUGGGGGGCGAGAUCCAAGACACGUCGAAAAAGAGCGUGCUGAAAGCGAUCGAGCAGUCAGACAUGUUACAAGAGGAGGAUGAGUCACCGCGCAGCGUGCUAGAGGAAAUGGGACUAGCUUGAUAGACAGAGACCACCGACACCCCCCCCCCCCCUUCCUUCCUUAUAUUUUCUUUCAACCUGAAUACUUUUAAAACCCAAAUCCAGCAACCCCCCCCCCCCCCCCCCACACCAAUCCCCAUGCCCCCUUCUUCCCAGUCACUGCAGAGACUCGUCUACAUAACCAGCACACACACCAGUGGCAGCUAGGAUUUUUGUCUAGGUAUCCGUGUAUGUCGCAGUGUGUAGUCGCUUCUGUUCUGCUUGACCUUCCACCUACCUACAGGCGGGCAAUCAUUCUGUGAAUGGGAUUCUAAAAGUUAACCUGUAAAGACAGAAAUACGAAACGCCGACGCUUGCCGAUCUUCACCUCUGAAAAUGCAAGUUUCUUGGCUGUUGCAUUGAUUGAUUCGGGUGCUUUUUGAAGCAAGGAUGCUGAGCGGCGAUUCUGAUUUCGAUGGUUGUAUUCUUCUAAGGCAGGGAUAUCCAAUUAGCUGACCUCCAGCUGUUGCAAAACUACAAGUCCCAACAUGCCUCUGCCUCGGGGUUUAAUGCUUGUGGCUGUCA